AUGGAGCCGGUCACAACACCGACGGGAACUCCGAUUCGCAAGGCGUGUAACCGGUGCCAUGGACAGAAGCUCAGCUGCAGGCGCAUCGGGGACGAGCCCUGCGAGAGGUGCGUCCGCCUCAAGACCGAAUGCAAGUCCAGCCCUUCGCUUCGGUAUCGGAAGCAGCAGCAACAGCAGCAACGGCAGCAACAGCAGCAACAGCAGCAACAGCAGCAGCACCAGCCACAGGCGCAAACAAGACACAAGGCGCAACAGACACAGCAUCAUUAUCUCGAAUACCUUGGGAGGCAAGUACAGGAGGUUAUGGUGGAAAGCGCGCACAGCGCAAGCACAGAGCAGUCGGGUAUCUUGGCUAGCCUGGCCAGGCGAGCCAGCACAACUGUUACGUCUCCCGGCCUCAUGCCUGAGGAAUCCUGUAUGACCAUGGACGACAUGAACCCACCCCACCUUGCCAGUAUAGGCUCGGGCACGGUGGAAGGCAACACCACGCUGAGCAUGGUAGGGUUUGGCUUCGGCAUCGACACGAGGCUCGAACCCCUCUUUCCCUCAAGCAGCCCCCGCCAAGGCAACCACAUGCACCCUUCAGCCUCCAUCGAGCACAUGGCCCGCGCCGUUAGCGAGUACUCCCCUCGCCAGGAUUACGGAUCCACGAGCAUCAGCUAUCCUUUCCAUCAGCCGACAGACUGUCAACCCACCUUCCCAAAUGCACUCAAACGUCACCACCAAACACAAGACCAGCGCCAAAAUCAAAGUUCCCUCCAGCCCCAGGCAGUGUCCCCACCGGGGCCCCUUGAGGUUCUAGGCCACGCCGGACCGCUAUCACCGCAGGGACGAGUCGUCCCAGCUCCUGUCAGCCCUAGGCAUGUGGCCCAUCACGGCGCAUGGCUGGGCCUAAUGUCCGACCUGAACAGAGAAACGUGGGAGCUCACCUUGCGGGUCCCACACCACACCCCCCUGGAGGGUAGCUUCGGCGUAUCCAAUUACACCUUUUACGAGGAACACAAGGCUGGCUCCGAGGAGCAGCGCCCCUUUCCGCUAGACCAGAUGUUCGGCCUGUCGCGGAGACUACUAGAGGCUCUCAGGGUACCUGCGGCGGGCACGGGCCUUGGCACGUCACCAACAUCUCACGGGGGCAUCUCAGCUGGCGACUCCUCGCCACCCUCGCCACCCCCACCGGUUCCGACGGCAUUUACUGGCGCUCCCUGGUGGCCGGGCGAGGUCGGCACAGGCCUAUCCUCGGCCACGCAUGCAGCCUCGGCAGAUUCGGGAUCGGUGCUUCUUGCGCUAUCGACCUACGUGCGGCUGAUUGAUCUCUACCACCGAGUCUUUCAGCUGGUGGACGAAGAGAUAUCCUUAUCCAGCCGUGGCGGCGGCCGCCUGGACGCUUUCAAGCUCUGUACGCUGCCGGAUGUCUCCCUGGGCGGCAUCUACCCCGUGGCGCCCUCCCCCGUCCUGCAGAUGACGCUCACCGUCAGGGUGGCCGAGGAGUUCCUGGGCGGGCUGCGGGCGGAGAUGGACGUGGUCACUUCAGACCGGAUAGCGUCGUGCCCGGCGAGGGCCUGGACGCAGUCGCCCCCGUCCCGCAAUCCAACCACAGGCGACGCCGGUGUUACUGCCAACCUGGGCGCCGCCUCCAUCUCCUUCGCCGCUGUCGUCCAAAGCGCCAUGUUCGAAGUAACGGUGCAAGAAGCGAGGAUCCGCCAGGGUCUCGGAGCGAUAAGAGCCAAGCUGGAGCGCAGCUGACCGAGAUGGGGGCGAGUUUAAUAAACAGCAUCGGCAGCAGUGCUUGGCCGCGAUGCAAAAGAGAGUGGCUUGUGCUGUCCACAUCGUUCAUAAUUAGGUAAUUUGGGGCGGCCAGUCAAGUACCAUCACACAGCGUCGGGCCCAUCACACCCGAAUCUCACUUGCAAGAAUAAACGAGGAAGCAAGCACGGGCCACAAGCUCGCCUCAUAGAGGCCCAUCUUCAAAACCUCCCGUGGUAUCUGCCCGGGCUUUUGAAUAGCACAGAAAAAGGGGGCCCGUUGAUGAUUGUGUUCACGGGCAUGUUUCAAACUGAAAACACCCCUUGAACGCGACGUCGUCUGUACUGUCUUGGUGAGAAGGCGAACAACGUCACAGCGUCUGUAGUCGACCGAGAGCACAUCACGGUAGAUUACAGGUACAAAGACGGCCAAGCACAAAGGGCCGCUCAGAGGCGCAUGUGGGGUUGUGUACGACGGGUUGGUCCGUCAGACCAUGUCUCGAGAACAAAGAGGAUCCGGCCCCGUGAAGCGCGCCCAAGCGAGCCCGUGUCUAUUCCUUCCCCGGCCAGAGUCAUUGUGUCCAAGAAUGUGCCGUAGGGUGCGAGGGGGUGGGGGGGUCGUCGAGGUAUGGAUUUGAUUUGUUGGCAGGAUGCGCGGGAAUUCCACCCCGGGGGAACCGGGGGAACCGGGUGGGCUUGAUAUCCGGGACCCCGAGCAAAAAGUGUAUGAAAGGCCUAGGUUCCAGCUGGCUUGGUCUGGAAAGAUGUGUGGGGGUAUACCUGGCCGGGUAGCUAAGCACAACAAAACAGACCGCAAAUGAAGAAACAAAGAAAUAAAAGACAUGGCCGCGGCAUCCGAUGAUAGGUUAGUGCGGCUGUCCAAUGGCCGCCCCGUUCCUGGCCGCCUUCUAGAUGCGCUUAUCAAACCACAUGCUAUGCACGCACACUUGCAUAUGGAUAGGCACAUUACAUGCGCGCGCAGGCG